CCGUUUAAGAGGUUUUAGGUGAUCCGUUAAUCGGUUUUGCUGUAUUUCAUGGGCAACGGUAGAGAACAAUAGACGCAGCUUGUGAAGUGCGGAUAAAAAAUUUUGUGGCUCGCUGGUUUAUUAGACAUUUUUGUGGAAAACGAUCUUCUGCCUGUUUUACAUUCGCAGGUAUUCGCAAAAAUGGACGAUUGGGAUGAUAGUCCAAUGUUUGGCGAGUCAGCGGUGGAGCGUCCUCGUGGCGGCGACAUCAAUGAUGGACGAUAUGACAACUACACUGGCGGCGGCGGCGGCGGAAGAGAUGGUUAUAAUGCCGAUAGAAGAGGAGGUGGUGGCGGAGGAGGAAGCUAUAACCAAAGCAGAAACGAUGGUGGAAGUUACAGAGGGAAUAGAGGGGGAUAUGGUGGUAACAAGGGAGGAUCCGAUUUUGAAAGAGGAAAUCGACAUCGAAAUUCGGACGACCAGGAUAACAUUGAAGUAAACUGUUCCGUCCUUCCUCGGAUAAUCGGCAAACAAGGUGUCAUCAUAAAACGCAUUCGCUCGGAAAGUCGGUCGGAUGUCAUUAUUGAUGAAUCCGUCCCCGGAAAUGGCCGCGCUACCAUCCGCUUCGAGGGCCGUUCGGAUGAUGUGAAAAAAGCACGCCAAGCCGUUUUUGAUAUCCUGAGAUCAGGUGAUGGCGGAGGAAGAGGAAGCGGUGGCAGUGGAGGAUCUGGCAGCGGUGGUGGAGGCUACGGUGGAGGAGGCUAUGGAGGUGGCGGUGGAAGAGGGAGAGGUGGCGAUAGACGCGGAGGGAAUGAUUACUUCAGCAAUCGUACAAAUGAUGGCAAUCGAGAUCGAUCGCGCAACGAUUUUUACAACUCUGGCAGUAAUGAUAACAAUAAUCGUAGCACAAGUCCUGGCCUGAUCGAUUGGGAUGCCUUGAAUAAACAGUGCGAUGAGGCUCGCAAAGAACGCUGGCAGAAGUGUCCUCCGCUGACGAAGAAUUUCUAUAACGAACUACCAGAGGUAGCAAACAUGACCGCAGAAGAGGUCAAUACUUUCCGUUUAGCAAACAACAAUAUUGUUGUUGACCGUACCUUCAAAGAAAAUGCAGAUACCGACGCUCCUAUUCCUAAUCCAGUGCAAACGUUUGAGCAAGCAUUUGGAGCUUAUCCAGAUCUGUUGGAAGAAAUUGCCAAAGCUAAAUUUGUAAAACCAUCACCUAUUCAAGCACAGGCCUGGCCCGUGCUACUGAAAGGAGAAGAUCUUAUUGGAAUCGCCCAAACAGGCACAGGGAAAACAUUGGCUUUCCUGUUGCCGGCUUUCAUCCAUAUUGAGGGACAAACGGUGCCACGAGGUGAACGUGGUGGCCCUAAUGUGCUAGUUAUGGCUCCAACGCGUGAAUUAGCGCUACAAAUAGAAAAAGAAGUGUUCAAGUAUCAAUUCCGGGACAUAAAGGCCAUCUGUUUGUAUGGCGGCGGCGACCGUCGGGCUCAGAUCAACAAAGUUGAAGCAGGUGUCGAGAUAAUUAUCGCAACGCCAGGCCGGUUAAACGAUUUGGUUAGUGCUAAUGUAAUCGACAUAACCAGUAUAACAUAUCUGGUAUUGGAUGAAGCCGACCGUAUGCUGGAUAUGGGUUUUGAACCUCAAAUACGAAAACUUCUGCUGGAUAUCCGCCCAGACCGCCAAACUAUCAUGACCAGCGCCACAUGGCCUCCUGGUGUUCGAAGGUUGGCACAAAGCUAUAUGAGUAACCCGAUUCAGAUUUAUGUUGGUACGCUAGACUUAGCAGCGACACACACGGUUACUCAAGAGAUAGAGGUAAUCGAUGAGGAAGACAAGUUCAUACGUAUCAUGAACUUCGUGAAAAAUAUGGGUCCCACUGACAAGGUUAUCAUAUUCUGUGGGCGCAAAACACGAGCCGAUGAUCUUUCGAGCGAAUUUGUGCUGUCCGGAAUCAACUGCACAAGUCUUCACGGGGACAGGGAUCAAGCAGAUCGCGAGCAAGCUUUGGCAGACAUUAAAAACGGUGACGUCAGAGUUCUUAUUGCAACCGAUGUGGCUUCUCGUGGCCUGGACAUCGAGGACAUUACCCACGUUGUAAAUUAUGACUUUCCUCGUAAUAUUGAAGAAUAUGUUCAUCGUGUGGGACGAACAGGUCGAGCAGGAAGGAGCGGAAUCUCGCUGAGCUUCUUUACGCGUACGGACUGGGCUGUGGCUUCCGAGUUGAUAAAGAUUUUGGAGGAAGCCGAUCAAGAAGUUCCGAAUGAGAUUCGUGCGAUGGCAGAUCGAUUUGCUGCUAAAAAGGAACGCGAUGCCAGGGAAGGAGGUCGGGGUGGACGAGGAGGGGGAGGUCGUAGAGAUGGUGGUGGACGUGGUGCAAGAGGAGGAGGUGGUGGUGGCGGACGAUGGUAACCACUUUCCUGGAAUGUGUAAUUUAGAUGAAUGUACAGACAGCAGUACCCUUAGGCCUUGCUGUAAUCGAAUUGUUGUAUCAGACUGACAUUUUUUUUAAACUAACUAUCCAAUCUUCUUUUGACAAGAAGAUGAACUGAAGUAUUUGGUUUCGAAUUGUUGAAAUUAGAGUGUAGAGAGAAAAAAAAAACAAAAACAAAACAUUUCGAAUAGAGAAAUGUACUGCACCUGUAAUAAGCCUGCAUUCGUUUGAAUCGUUUAUUUUCUAAUACACUAUGAACAAACUGUGUUUGUUGUAAAAAAAAAAUCGAAAAAAAAAUAUUGACACAGAACUAAGCGUAGGUUAUAUAAAACCGACUCGAUUAUAAAAGAAAGAUUUAUUGGAUUUGAACCACUUCAAAUAAUUUUGUUGAUUAAUAAUAAAUCUAUAUUGAAAGUUAA